AUGGUCAAUAUCCUUCUUGCUGCUGUUUAUGUGUAUGAGGAAUCAUCUGAUGGCUCUCCAAACAUGUAUGUUCAUCAUCGCAUUAUUAUACCGGAGUUUCCCUUGUGUACUGCAUGGAUGGAUUGUCCUCUUAAAGGAGGUGAAAAAGGGAAUUUUGUAUCUAUUGGCUCAAAGGAAACGCCGACAAUUGAGAUAUGGGAUCUUGAUGUUAGGGACGAGAAAUAUAAAGAAGGUAGCCACACUGAUUCAGUACUUGGUCUUGCUUGGAACAAGGAGUUUCGGAAUAUACUUGCUAGUGGUAGUGCCGACAACAAGGUUAAGGUUUGGGAUAUGGCUACUGGAACAUGCAAGAUUACUAUGGAGCAUCACACAAAAGAGUUUUGUAUGGCUCACAGGUUCAAGCGGUUGCUUGGAAUCAUUAUGCUCCAGGUGCUUCUGAGUGGGUCGUUUGAUCAGACUGUUGUAUUGAAAGACGGAAGACAACCUUCACACUCGGGUUUCAAAUGGUCAGUCAUGUCUGACGUAGAAAGCUUAGCUUGGGAUCCCCACUGUGAACACUCCUUUGUGGUGAACUACACUUUCCUUUUCUCUUUUACUAGACAAUAUGAUGGGAUGGUAAGUCUUGAGGAUGGAACCGUGAAAGGUUUUGAUAUACGCGCUGCACAUUCAGGUUCAGAUUCUGAUUUAAAGCCAAGUUUCACUAUCCAAGCACAUGACCAAGACAAAGGAGUCUCCUCCAUCUCAUACAACAUUUCUGCUCCCAAUCUUUUGGCUACGGGUUCUAUGGAUAAAACGGUGAAACUUUGGGAACUUUCGAACAAUGAGCCUUCAUGCAUUGCUUCACACAAACCAAAAGCUGGAGCUGUAUUCUCCAUUUCAUUCUCAGCGGACAACCCUUUCUUGCUUGCUAUUGGUGGCUCAAAGGGAGAACUACAUGUUUGGGACACACUGUUGGACGCUAAUGUCUCUCGCAAGUAUGGAAGCAAACAAUCUUGA